UUUGAGCUCCUAAAUGAAAAGAUUCCAUGUGACAUGUAAUCCUCAACUGUGAUCCUUCCCACCACGGACUGCCUGAACAACAAGGGCUUCUCUCUGUUCAGGACAUGGGGGGGAGGAAAAUACCCAAAAAUACUAAUCCUCCCCUACCUCCCACACGGGCAGAAUUUGUCGGAGUGAGAACCCCAGUCUCUCUGUCCAAAGCCAGGGCCCCUGUUCUGCAUGGACCCUCCUCUCAGCCUGUACAAGUGGAACUAAUCAACAGUGGUGGUCUCCGUUUCCUCUCUAACUCUUCCCUGCUUCGCGCAAUGGAGACCAUGGCGUUAAAUUCGACGGGGGACGAAGAAACGCACUCCGCAUUUACACAGACUGAACACAACAUCGUAGCCGCCUACCUGAUCACCGCAGGGGUGAUCAGCCUGUCCAGCAACAUCGUGGUCCUGCUCAUGUUCGUCAAGUUCAAGGAGCUCCGCACCGCCACCAACUUCAUCAUCAUCAACCUGGCCUUCACCGACAUCGGUGUUGCCGGCAUCGGGUAUCCCAUGUCCGCCGCGUCCGACCUGCACGGCAGCUGGAAGUUUGGCUACGCCGGGUGUCAGAUUUAUGCAGCCCUGAACAUCUUUUUUGGGAUGGCGAGUAUCGGACUGCUCACGGUAGUCGCCAUUGACCGCUACUUUACCAUCUGCAGACCAGACAUCGGACAGAAGAUGACCACGCGGUCCUACACCACCAUGAUUCUGACCGCCUGGAUCAACGCUGUGUUCUGGUCCUCCAUGCCAGUGCUGGGCUGGGCCAGCUAUGCGCCAGACCCUACCGGGGCUACAUGCACCGUCAACUGGAGGAAGAAUGACGCGUCAUUUGUGUCCUUCACCAUGGCGGUGAUCGCGGUGAACUUUGUGGUCCCCCUGGCCAUUAUGUUCUACUGCUACUACAACGUGUCGGUAACCAUGAAGAGGUACAAGGCUAGCAACAGCCUGGACAGCAGCAACAUCGACUGGUCAGACCAGAUGGAUGUCACCAAGAUGUCGGUCGUGAUGAUCUUGAUGUUUCUCGUCGCCUGGUCGCCUUACUCCAUCUUGUGCCUCUGGGCCUCCUUCGGCGACCCCAAAACCAUCUCCGCCCCAAUGGCCAUCAUCGCCCCCCUGUUCGCCAAGUCCUCCACCUUCUACAACCCCUGCAUAUAUGUCAUCGCCAACAAGAAGUUCAGGAGGGCCAUCUCUGGAAUGCUACGCUGCCAGAGCAGGCAGGAAAUCACCAUCAACAACCAGGUUCCCAUGACAACCUCCCAGGCUCCUCUUACACAAUGAGGAACAGCACCCCCCUCUGUUGAUGGAGAGAAGAGAUGAGAAGAGAUGAGAAGAGAGGUGAAGAGCAGGUGAAAUGAGUGAUAUUCUGUGUGAACAGUCCUUCCAUUCUGCCUCUGUUGAGUCAUGUUAUUGUAUGAUCCGUGAUGACAGUUGUUUUAUUCAGAUGUAGUUUUCAAUUCAAUUGCUAAUGUAAUAUAUCUUUGGAAUAGCAUCUGAGUUCAUUUCUUUUGACAACAGCUACAUAGUCACACUAAAGACCAAAAUCAGUGGAACUAAAAUUUGCUUCAUCCAGUGGAACAAACUUGUUUUAUUCUUUUUCCAUUGCCACAUUAUACAGCAAUUCCUUUCCCUUAUUUUAUUUAAAAGACAAACUGCAAAUGAACAACAUAAAGGAAGCGCUAUUCUUACACUUGGAGGUAAGACAAACAGAUUGAGUUGGAUUUCAAUCUUGGCCCAGGUUCUGUCCCUGAUCUGUAGGUGCAGAAUGUGGGGACCUGUGUUUCUUGUUUCAUGUUUGCUAUAUAAAUCCUGUUGUUUUUGGUAUGGUGCCUUCUGAAACUCUGCCGGUCAAAGAUGAGAACACACACAUACAAUAAAAAUGUAAAUGUUAA